CGUGUUCAAUGCUUGGAAAACCCUCUGCGAGAAGAGAGAGAGCCAUAUCUCGCGUUUCCGCGGAAUCAGACAAAAGUGUAGGCAAAAAUCUUAUUUAAUUUCGUCGCAUCGUGCCGUGCGGUUAGAGAUUUCGUGCCGUGUCGUGUUCGUUCUUUUUGCCCAAGCGAAAAGACAACUCCCCCGACAUUAGCAGAUUUCCACAGAUCCGUGUGCUUCCCCCUGUGUGUCGCCCCACCACCACCUUCGGCAGACCACAAGUGAAGUUAAUCCAAAAGUGACAUUCGCUGUAAAGGAUUGGUGCAGAAAGGAAAGGCCGUAUUUUUGUGUGGCGAAGAUAAACCCGUUCCGAGGAGGUGCAAAAUGUUGAUCAAAGAAUUUCGAGUUACGCUGCCAUUGACGGUCGAAGAGUACCAAGUAGCACAGCUGUACUGCGUGGCGGAAGUGUCCAAAAACGAAACCGGUGGCGGCGAAGGUAUUGAGGUGCUGAAAAAUGAACCCUUUGACAACUAUCCACUGCUCGGUGGAAAGUACAAUUCCGGCCAGUAUACGUACAAAAUCUAUCAUUUGGCCUCGAAGGUACCGGCCUUCAUCCGGCUGCUCGCACCCAAGGGAUCGCUAGAAGUGCACGAGGAAGCCUGGAAUGCAUAUCCGUACUGCCGGACAGUCAUAACCAAUCCCAAUUGGAUGAAGGAGAAGAUGACCAUCACGAUCGACACGUACAGUAUCGAUGGUGACGACGAUCUCGAGAACGCCCAUGAGUUGACGCCGGAAAAGCUAAAGCAGCGCGACGUGGUGCACAUCGACAUUGCAAACGAUCCCGUCUCGCAGACGGACUACAGAGAGACGGAGGAUCCCACGAAGUUCAAGUCGAAGAAAACUGGCCGUGGCCCGCUGGUCGGCCCGGACUGGAAGAAGAGCGUGUCGCCGGUAAUGACCUGCUAUAAGCUGGUCACCUGCGAGUUUAAAUGGUUCGGGCUGCAGUCCAGAAUAGAGAACUUCAUCCAGAAGUCGGAGCGGAGACUGUUCACCAUAUUCCACCGGCAAGUGUUCUGCUGGAUGGACAGCUGGCACGGACUGACGAUGCAGGACAUCCGUGAGCUGGAGGACAAAACCAAAGAGGAGCUGGACAAACAGCGCCAUGUCGGUGAGGUGCGCGGUAUGCGUGCCGAAAGUGACUAGAUCAUCCCAUUUGCCUCCCCCCUCCCGGGUACCGAUCAACCGUUUGCUAUAAGCUGUGAGCAGAAAACAAUGAAGAAAACAACCGAACCGGGCGUAGGAAUGUGUUGGCUUGGCGAAUGCGACGUUUGGGGUGUCCACCAUUCGGCCCCAUGCUCAUUCUCCUUCUGAGAGCCGUGCGUGGCCUGUUGCUCCGUUGUGAGGGGGUUAUUUUUUCCGGAAGGGCGUCUGAUAAAACGGAAUCGAAGCUGGGGAUAUAUAGGAGGAGGAGGAGGAGGAGGAGUGUGUUUAUUAUUAUUUUUUCAGUUUUUGCUCGGUUUUUGUCGUAAGCUUUGUUUUGAUUUAUCAUUUUUGUUUCGUUUUUCUUCAUCUCUGUUUUACCGGCAAAGCAAACGCAUGUUUGGUGGAAAAGAGACAGAGCGAAAAGAAGAUAGAAAAGUGUAAGAAGAAGUGGCAGGGUUAAACGGGAAGUAUAAUUAUGGUGGUGUUAUAAAUGCAACUAGGCAACACGGGACAAAAACAUAAACUAUCAGUAGGAUCGAAAGCAUGAAUUAGUACAGAGAGUGUGUGUGUGCGCGCGUGUUGUCGGUGAGUGAGCAGGUUCACCGUGUGAGUGCAGCAGGAUCGCCAGACAAGAGUCAGAUAAAAAUAGUGCAAAACACACAUUGCAAUAGCGUAAGCAAAACCAGUAGACAAUUACUGAACUCACACGCAUGUGCACAGCAGCACCCAAGCUCGAGUAGAGGAUGGCCGCAGGACGUAACAUUCGCAAACGUUAAACCAUUUACCCCCUCCCAUAACUGAAAAAAAAACACACAUAGAAUGGGUGAAUUCCGAAUAAAUUGCAAUAGUGUGAAUAGAGCAAGAGAUAAUAUUGCGCAUCCAUCGCUGGUGUGCGUUCAGAGAAGAGGUCAGAUUUAAAAAUGUGAUGUGCGCAUGUGGAUCUGUGUGUGAAAACAUGUAAGAAACACAACAACUAAUCUUCAACCAUUGUGUGUAGCAUCGUCGUGCAACCACAGUGCGGCGAUUGGCGGACGGAAAUCGUCUACUGAAAGUAGAUAUCCGAUAAACUACUCACAGCUACAUACUGUUUGGCGAUGCAAGCUGCAAAGAAAACUACUACACAAACAAACAUACCUUGACAUAGCAAACAAGCAAUAUUAGUUGUGGGCUGCUACACUUACUGCCCUUCCCGAUGUCUUGCGGGGCGACAACUUGAGCUAGUGAUAAAUAAGUAGAGCAGACUAACACGCGCAUUGCAAUUGCAAAACAAACAAACAACCGCUAUAUACAUAUAUCUACUAACUACUGGGCACAUAACGGCUGCUAACCCUUACAAUGGCGCUUUCCCCAAUAAUAGCAAAGCCUAUUUUCCAUUUGCAAAAGCACACUAGUACACGCGAGCGAACGAGAAAUGCCAUGGAAGAAUAUAGAGAGAGCAUAAAGGGAAUGGAAGACAGGAAGCAAAUAUACAGACAAACGUACAUUGGAAGCGGAAGAGAAAGUGACAAAAAAUGCUAGAGAAAAGAAGAAAGGGAAAAGGAAAAAAAGCGAAGAGUUCAAUAAAACACCACUUGAAAAAUA